AUGCGGCCCCCACUCACGCUGCUCCCAGUGGGCACUCUACUCAGCGUUGCCGCCGGGUUAGCAGUGUCUCCAAGCGAUGCCAGCGCACCUCUCCGCAAUGCAAACCACAUAUUCAAUACGAUCCAUGAUUCCAUGCGCCAGUGGGGCUCGUCUGUCCACCACAACGGCGUAUCCUUCUUUCUGGCGAGCGUGCCCGCCGGCACGCACUUCUACCACGGGACCUCGGAAUCAAGCUUCGUGAAUGGGACCGAGUGGCUAGCCUUCGAGCCCGAACAUGCCAUGGUCUUUGCCCAGAAUAUGCGCGGGACUCCGCCGCACCCGCUACCACACCCGGGUAAUGGACACAAGAAGCUCCUUCAACAGCACGAGGAGCUGCGUCGGCGGGGAGACGAGGAGGCGGAUAGUGGCCAUGUCGAUGUCCCGUCGGAAAGCACUAAUCCGGCCGUCCAUGGCUAUCUCCAUACCUACUCGACACUGAAGGAUCUGCGGCUCUUGUAUGUGGAUGGGAUGUCUGCCGCCAAGUCCGACAGAGGCCCGCUCGACUCCCAGGACGUGAUUCUGUUCAACGACACGAUUGGCGAGGGUGGCGGAUGGCCGGAGCGAGAGCGUGCGGAGAAGAUCUGCAAGAUGGCGCAGGAGGCAUGGGCAGGCCGCAUUGACGGUAUCAUCCGGAUGGAGGCCGGGUUUGAGAUCAUUCUGUGCGCAUUUGAGCGCAGCCUAACACUCGAACGCGUGACCGUGGUAAAACCAGAAAAUGGUCCCAAGGAAGACGAUAUUGCAACCAAAAUGCCCCAGGUUGCAGUCUUCGACCCCGAGGACGAGGCCGACAGCGGGAAAAAAGGAAAGGGGCCUCGUCGUCCCAAGCCCGAUGCGCUGCGCUGGCUGCGCGCCAUCGCCGCGCGAUACGAUGGAGUCGGCGGCAACCGGGUCUCUGUGAACUACGACAAUUUCGUGACGGCUUUUUCACAAGACCUUGACUUAUUCCCUCUGGGCCCCCUGCCUCGACUAACCCACGUUGAUGAAUCCCAGGUGGCAGCCAUGCAAAACGAACUCUCGUCUCUUAUCAUGACCCACGACGCUCUCAAACCCACAUGGAACUGGCAGGAAACCGCCGACAUGGUUGUCACGCGGUACAGCGACGAGCUGGCGUAUUUUGCCUCGGGAAAGAUAUCUACCUUCGAGACCCUUCACACCGAGCUUGAGCGGGUGCUGUCUCCGUUCAUUGACUACAAUCUGCGGAACUCUUCCCUCGAAGCCGAGCGUUGCGCUACGCAGUUCUUGCCCGAGUCUCACGACGCCCAGAGUCUUGCGGCGCGUGCUGUCUACGGCGUCACGCACCGGAUUUGCUCGACACUUCUCGACGCAUGGACCGAGCCCGCGCUCAAAUCGGCGACGCAGAAGAUCCAGGAUUUGAUCACGUACCUGGGGUGGGCAUCGUGGAAGAGGUGCCGCGGCUGCGACCCGAAUGAGAUCUGCGUUGUGCCGAUUUGGCCGAUGGGCACGGUGCAGGACUAUGAAAAUCCUCGGUGCAAGGAUUUAUACAAGGCGUAUGAGCCAGGAGACAAUUACUGGGAAGGAUUGCAUGGGUAG